UGAUGAACGCUUCAGUCAACCACAUUAAAACCAGGCUUUAAAUUCUUCAACAAGAGAGGAGAAGGUUGAAGAAGUUUUGCCCUUUAUAUUUCCUCUGGUUUUUGGUGUUCCUAAGAGGGAAAAGUAAAAAGGCAAAGCUUUCAGCCAUGCCUGCCGGGGGUUUAGCUCCGACCGGGGUGGCCAAGGAGAGAGCCGAGCUGUAUCAAGGAAGGGUCACUUUGUAUGUGAUUAUUGCUUGCAUUGUUGCAGCUGUUGGAGGAUCAAUUUUUGGAUAUGACAUUGGAAUUUCAGGCGGUGUGACAUCGAUGGAUGGAUUUCUUCGGGAAUUCUUCCAUUCGAUGUACAUAAGCAAGCAGCAUGCACAUGAAAACAACUACUGCAAGUAUGACAACCAAGUGCUCGCGGCAUUUACCUCUUCGUUAUACUUUGCCGGUCUAGUUGCAUCCUUGGUGGCAUCUCCUGUGACUAGAAAGUAUGGCCGUCGUGCGAGUAUAGUUUGUGGGGGACUCAGCUUUCUUGUUGGGGCAAGUACCAAUGCCGGAGCUCAAAAUCUGGCAAUGCUCCUCUUCGGUCGAAUCAUGCUCGGUGUUGGGAUAGGAUUCGGAAACCAGGCUGUACCGUUAUAUCUGUCAGAAAUGGCACCGACUCAUCUUCGAGGAGCCCUCAACAUGAUGUUUCAAGUAGCAACCACACUAGGAAUCUUUACGGCGAACAUGGUAAAUUAUGGAACACAAAAGCUUGAACCAUGGGGAUGGAGGCUGUCUCUGGGCCUAGCAGCAAUACCAGCCCUUUUAAUGACAGUGGGAGGGUGCCUUCUUCCCGAGACACCGAACAGCUUAAUUGAAAGGGGAUCAAAAGUGCAAGGCCGAAAGGUCCUGGAGAUUAGAGGCACUGAUAAAGUCGAUGCUGAGUUCGAAGACAUGGUAGACGCUAGCGAGUUAGCAAAUUCAAUCAAGCAUCCCUUCAGAAACAUCCUUAAGAAAAGGAACAGGCCGCAACUAGUGAUGGCGAUCUGCAUGCCGGCAUUUCAGAUCUUAACAGGGAUAAACUCAAUCCUGUUUUACGCUCCAGUGUUGUUCCAAAGCAUGGGAUUCGGAGGAAAUGCUUCACUCUACUCUUCAGCUCUCACUGGAGCAGUUCUUGCCGGAUCAACAUUCAUUUCCAUCGCCUUAGUUGAUCGAUUAGGUCGACGAGCCUUACUCAUCAGUGGGGGAAUACAAAUGAUUAUAUGUCAGGUUAUAGUUGCCAUAAUCUUGGGGUUGAAAUUUGGGAACAACCAGGAACUAUCAAAAGGCUACUCAAUAUUGGUUGUGACUGUAAUAUGUCUCUUUGUUUUAGCAUUUGGUUGGUCAUGGGGCCCAUUAGGGUGGACCGUACCCAGUGAGAUAUUCCCACUGGAAACAAGGUCUGCAGGGCAAAGCAUCACAGUUGCUGUUAAUCUUCUCUUUACUUUCAUCAUAGCUCAGUGUUUCCUCGCAAUGCUUUGUCAUUUAAAGUUCGGGAUCUUCUUGUUCUUUGCCGGAUGGAUCACCGUGAUGACGGUCUUCGUUUACUUUUUCUUGCCUGAAACCAAAGGAGUUCCCAUUGAAGAAAUGAUAUUUCUGUGGAGAAAACAUUGGUUCUGGAAAAAGAUUAUCCCUGAAUAUCCCGAACUCGAAGAUCAGACUGUUUAGAAAUACAAAA